CAAGUCAUUUUAUGACACGAGGCUUGAGGCUGUUCUGACUCCCACAUCCCGCCUUGAGAACCUCACGGCUACCUUGGAGAUAACUGCACCUUACCAUCAAGAUGAGCGAGCAACCGUCUCAGGACAGGCUCUCUGCGUCGUUGCGCGAUGCGGCGGCGCGCACUGCUCUGCCGUCGCGGCCCGUGCUAUCGAAACCACAGAUUGGGGAAAUGUCCCUGCGCCCAGAAGCGCCCACAAGCCAUCGCAUGUCAAGAAGCAUCUCACCAAACUCAGAGGACAGCGCACUGCGUGAUGCAUCGCCCUCGCCCUCAGCAGCGAGUCCCGUCUCGUCGACGGCAAUGUCGGCAGCAAAGCCUAGUCCGCCACCCGGCAGCCAUACACCAGGCGGUCAGAUUUGCAGCAACUGUGGCACAACACGUACGCCGUUGUGGAGAAGAUCGCCCCAGGGCGCUACUAUCUGUAACGCUUGUGGCCUCUACUACAAGGCAAGGAACACGUCACGGCCCAUCGGCCUGAAAAAGCCACCGCAGGUCGUUCAAGAGAAGUCAAAUGGGCAGCCCAUAUCCAUUGCACCGAAGCCGAACGCGAAUGUGCCCGGUGCAACGUACGUCUCUGCUGAGCAGACGCCUACUGGAUCAUGUCCUGGUGGUGGGCGUUGCAACGGGACCGGUGGUGCGGAGGGGUGUUAUGGCUGCCCUGCUUUCAACAACAGACUGUCCAAGAGCGCCAACCUGAAUGUCAAGGGCCAAAAAUCGGCAAGUUGCCGCCCGGCGGAUGCACCUACAGAAGGCUCGUCUCAGUUCACCAGCAUCAACGAUCAUGCUACCGAUCUCACCACCGUUCAGCCGACGACACCGAAUCAGCAAGACGAUACCACAGUGGUCAUAGCAUGCCAAAAUUGUGGAACAACGGUCACGCCUCUGUGGAGGAGGGAUGAGAGUGGCCACACCAUCUGCAACGCUUGCGGUCUCUACUACAAGCUCCACAACGUGCACAGGCCGACGACAAUGAAGAAGGCGACAAUCAAGAGGCGGAAACGAGUUAUCCCAGCGGGCGAGGAUGCGGAAAUGGAGGACGCGUCGCAAGCCGCGCAAACACCUCUUCCGGCAGUGAAAGGAUCUAUGAACGAAGAUGGAUCCGUGAACCUUGGCUUUCGGAGACAACAGGCUCAGCCAUCUGGCAUGGAUUACAUGUCGGCCCGCCCUAGCAGCCAAGGUCACAGACAGCCUUCGCCAAUCUCCGGCGCGUCGGACCUCGCAGCCUACCACCAGCAGUCGUUGCGCCCGCGCAACAUGCACCAACCCCUGAGCGACGACAACCGCCUCCCGCCAAUAGCUGGUCUACAUGCGCCUGGCGGUGCGGUCGACCGCCAGUCUUCCAUGUCGCCGGCGUCCUUUGGGUCUUUGACGCGUAAACGUUCAUUCUCGUCAGCCGAACACGAUCCGCGAAGUCAACAAGAAGAGAGCGGCGGCGAGAACUCCAAGAGGCUGUCGUCCAUCAAGUCGAUUCUCAACCCCUCCUCCCAGCAGGGCGGACGCCACGACGAACGAUCCGACUUUGCCCUGCCGCCACUCCGAUCACCUGGCCCUACGGCACCUCCUCCAGACAGUCCUGGCACACAUUCGACGAGAGAUCACACGCCUGCGCGGUCCGAUGCGGAGAGCGAGCAGGUCAAGGCUGAACGCAGGGCUGCGCUGCAGCGGGAAAGGGAUGCCAUGCGCGAGAUGCUGGCUGCCAAGGAGAGGGAGCUCAUGGAGAUGGGCGAGUAAUAGGACAAAGUGAGGAGUGACCGCGACUAUUUGGCGGAGUAUACGCGAUGACAAGUCCCCAAGGGGGCAGAGCGAGGCGUAUUGGGAAAGGCCUUCCAUGGCUGGAAUUGUAUUUCAAGGGGCACGAGCAUUGGAUGGCGUUGAUGGCCGAAUUAUCGGGAUGCUUGUCUACCAUCGGCUUGUUGCAGUCUCGUUUUGACGCCUCCACCAGGUCAAAUAGCCUCUAACCCUAUAACUUAGCGAUAUCACACGGCAGACGAAUUGCAA